AUGGCGACCUUUCAAGCAUCGGAAGAAGAGCAAUUUGUGCCACGAGAGAUUGUGCGUGCCUUUUCCAUGCGCAUCAAGGCAAAAUAUGGAGACGACUCGGACGGCGAAACAGAGCUGGAGAGAGCCCUCGUGGAAAACGUCAAGGAUGAGGAGAGUCAGCAGAAAAAGCGUAUUCGAGAAAUCAAUGAAUAUCUCAAUUCUACCAGGCCGCACGAGCUUGAGAAACUCAAUCAACUCAGAAAUUCGCUGCAGCUUUCCAUGCACGAGUUUGUUGCGCGUGUCCAGAAAUCUCAACCUGGGGGCGUGCUUUCUAGAAAAAUAGAGACUCGCGAGGAUGUCACAAUGAUAGUCGAGGAUUUGAUGGUCCGCCUGGAACACAAACAAGAGAAAGGAACGUUUCGCCGUGUUACUAAACACCUUCGCACAUUUUGCAACACUAUCAAAUCACACUCUACGGCCCUGAAAAUGCUGCCAUCCAGCAAUGACUACGUCUCGGUCUUUUAUGGGGCGCUCGCCACCGUGCUGCAGGCCUCGGAAGGCUACACCAAAGUCAUGGAGGCUUUACCCAAAGCACUGGUCGAAAUAAACGAUGCCGUUGCCGCAAUAGAGAAGCGUUCAUGGCUGUUCGAGAACAAUACCAUGAAAAGCUACAUGUGGCGCAUCUACAGCCAGAUAUUUUCGUUUCUCGGAGAGGUCAUCAACUGGUACACCAAAAGAUCGAUACAACGCGCCCUGAGUAGCUUCAACGAGCACCUUCUCGAGUUCUUCGACGACCAAGUAGAGGAAAUACGGAAACUGGCAAAGCUAGUGCAUGACGAAGCGGAUUUUCGGGCGCAAGCAGACGCGCAGAUCAACAGACUCUAUCUGGAAGAAAUGGACGGCAAGUUUGAUAGAUUCAUGAACGAGCUCCGGGAGAGGGAUGCCGCUCAGCGUGGCAUUUUGGACCGACGCUACGAGCGCUUUCACGAAGCGCUCGAGGAAAAGCGGAGAAACGAACUCCAGGACAAGCAGUUUCUGAGUCACAUACUCAUGGAAACUUGGAGUAAGAUGAGACGCCAGGAUAUGGGAUCGGCAGUCAGAGGCAUCCUGGAAGAGGACGCCCGAAGACAACUCUCUUGGCCCGAGGACUUGGGCAAUGCUUCCAAGGCACAAAAUGGCGAAAUGCGUGUGCUCGGCCGAGGGCUCGUGUCGCGCAAAGCAACAGAAAGAGACUAUGAGAUUGCCCCUGCUUCCCAAACCACGCGAGAUGCCGUAUUAUUAAGCUCAGCUCAACUGGAAGACUACUUCGACCGCGCCAAACUCACAAUACCCGGGUCUUCCGAGGGCCAUGCGGCAUUUGCAGAUGCGGAUGUAGCAGAUCGGAUACGCUCAUGGGUUGUAGCGACUGAUUCCCAAAUUCUUUAUACCUCUGGGACGGACCCUUUUGAAGACAACGCGUACAGCUCGAGUGCCGUCGGCCAAUACGCGACUGUUAUCCGUCAAGCCGGUCUGCCCAUGUGCUCGUAUUCCUGCUCACUCAAAAACACAGCGCCGCCUCCUGGCCGCACGCGAGAGACGAUCGAGCUCGUGGCUCUGGUGUACAGCCUGAUACGCCAACUGAUCGAGAUUCUGCCACCUACCAUAGAGCCAGGCAGCGCAUCGGUGCAGGAUGUCUGCUGGAAGGAGCUGGACGGGACGUUGAGCACCUUUCCGCUGGCUUUUGAGAUCCUCGAGGCCCUCUUGCGUUCCACCAAGCACGCCGUCGUCAUAAUCAUCAUUGACGCCAUUGAAUUGCUGGAAGACCCGAGUUACAGGAGUACGGACAAGUGGCUCACGUGUCUCGUGCAGUUGUUCGUGAAGCUCUCGAAUGCUGCCCACGGUACAAUCUUCAAAAUCUGGUUCAAUUCCGGUGGAAUGUCGCAGGUUUUAUUCGAGAUUUUGGAGCCGCGCCAGAUAGCGCUGUCGAGCUCCUCCAGGAGGUCUGGGAGACAAGCAUUUGGAAGUGAAUUCAUAAUGCUGUAG